AUGAAACGCUUUGGUAGCAGCUCUGGGAUAGAAAUAGAGGAAAAAAUCGAGAAUCUAACACCCCAAAAUACCGUAAAAACACAUAAAUAUGUUUGGAAACAGUUCACCGAAUUUUGUGAACGGCGAAAUUAUCAACUUUGUGCUCAAACUUCUGACGAACGAUUAGCAAGUAUUUUGAAAGAUUGGGCAUUCAACAUGAAACGUGCAGACGGCACCGAAUACAAAGAAGGUACGGUGAAAACAAUUUGGAAUACUACCGCUAAACUUGUCCAGAAAAAGUUUUAUGAAGAGUUUAACCGACAAAUAAAUCUAUUCAGUGGCGUCGUUUUUGAAUUUGACAAUUACGGUCAACCCACAGGACGUAUUGAGUACAAUACCAUGUUUUCAAAGACAGCGCAAGGUGGCUAA